AUGAAGAGAAAUAAUCCCUUACCUCUCUUCAUAACUACUAAAACUUACAGAUCACGAUCAAAAUUAAGAGCCACUAGUUGCUUCACUGCUAAUGAAGCCUUUCAUUCCAUCCUCUAUCCUCAGAAAAGCUUUCGGGCAAGAGUUAGUGCCAACCAGACCUUUUAUAUUUGCUGGCCUUUUACAUCGAGGACCACAUUUGCAUUAGACUUGUGGUCCACUUCUCCUAAACAAUCAGAUAUAUUGGUUGAAACGGGUCAUAUUGGGAGACAAGCCAGUGGUGCUGUCACAGUAACUGAUGGAGAAACUAUUAUCUACACAUCCGUUUGCUUGGCUGAUGUUUCUAGUGAGCCUUCUGAUUUUUUUCCUCUUUAUGUAAAUUAUCAAGAGCGUUUCUCAGCAGCUGGUCGAACGAGUGGAGGAUUUUUUAAACGAGAAGGGAGGACAAAGGAUCAUGAGGUACUAUCCACUACCAUUUCAGUAUAA